AGAGAAGGCACUGAGGAACGGAAAGAAGCCGGAAAGAAGACACUCUCCAUUCUCCCGGGAACGUAGGAAGCAUCUUGCUUCAGAGCCGGGAUUGCGAAGGACACAGGGUUGGUUGGCAGCCAGGACUGUGACCUUGGAGCACUCUUAGGAGGUGGGGCAAUGCCUGGACCCUGCUCAGAGGGCUUUGUUCGGAGAUUGGAUGUUGUCGAAUUGCAGCAGUCUCUUCGCUGUCUGUGGCACUGGGAUUAAAGGCGUGUGCCACCACCUCGAAGCCAGUCUCUUUAUCUUGAUCUUAUGGCUCUGGAUUCAGUAAGACUGUUCAACAAGAGUUCCAGUCUUUUCUCCUGAGACAGAAAGUCAGAGAAGAGUGACAGAGAGAAAUGGCUGCUUCUCCAGUAAAUGUGCCCCAGGGUCUGUUGACAUUUAGGGAUGUGACUGUGGACUUCUCCCAGGAGGAGUGGGAAUGCCUGGACUCAGCUCAGAGGGCUUUGUACAUGGAUGUGAUAGUGGAGAAUUACAGCAAUCUAGUCUUUGUAGAGAACCAUCGUAUAAGUGGAAAAUAUGAAAAAAUCCUCUAUCAAGGUACAAAGAAUAUUGUCCAUCACCAUAUGAAUAUCCAAGAGAAGUCUUACAAAUGUAAUGAGUUUGGCAAAAUAGUUCAUGAAUCCUCCCAGUGUACACCAUAUGACUCACGUGAUACUGCAGAAAACUGCAGUAAGUGCAGAUAUGGUAAUCACAAGAAUGCUUCUGUUGAGUCUUCAACCAUAAGCAAACAUAGAAGUAGGGACUCUAGAAAAGAAUCUUGCAAGUUCAAAGACUGUGUAUACUGUUUAAAUUUGUUUCCCAUCAUCAGUCAAAAUCAAAGAAUCCAUUCAUGCCUCAGUAUACACCAGAGAAAUCAUUCUGGAGAGAAACCCCACAAAUGUAAGGCUUGUGGCAAGUGCUUUUAUCAGUUGUAUCAGGUUAAAUACCAUUACAAAACCCAUAUUGGAGAGAGGCCUUAUAAAUGCAGUGAAUGUCAUAAAUGUUUUAGCCAACUCACACACCUAAGAAGCCAUCAGACCAUUCAUACAGGAGAGAAACAUUACAAAUGUAAUGACUGUGGAAAAAACUUUAGCCGACUGACAUACUUAAGAACCCAUCAGAGAAUUCAUACUGGGGAAAAGCCUUAUAAAUGUAGUGAAUGUGAAAAAUGUUUCAUUCAGAAAGCCCAACUUACAAUACAUCAGAGAAUUCACACAGGAGAAAAACCUUACAAAUGCAGUGAAUGUGAGAAAUCCUUUACAUGUUCCUCAGGCCUUAGAAAACAUCAGAGAAUUCAUACAGGGGAAAAACCUUACAAAUGUAGUGAAUGUAAGAAAUCUUUUACCAGUGGGUCAGAUCUUAGAAGACAUCAGAAAAUUCAUACUGGAGAGAAACCUUACAAAUGCAGUGAAUGUGACAAAUGCUUUAUUCAGAAAGUCCAACUUAGAAUACAUCAUAGAAUUCAUACAGGAGAGGAACCUUACAAAUGCAGUAAAUGUGUCAAAGUCUUUACUCACCUCUCAGGUCUAAGAAAACAUCAGAAAAUUCAUAGUAUUGAAGGAAAGUUUCCAUUUGUAAAGAAUGUAGCAUGUGCUUUAUCCAAGUUCUGCCCUUAAAAACCAUUGCACGCUCCACACUAGAAAUCCAUUAUGAACAUGAGAAAUUUCUGAAAUCCUGUAAGUAAUGUUCAAAUCUUAGAAAACAUCAAGAGUUUACAUUGAGGAAAAAAUUAUUAAAAAGUGACAAUGUAUGAAAUAAUUUAUUAAAACAUUCUACUUUUUCAACCUCAAAUACUUCAUAAUGAAGGUAAUAUGGAAAAGCCUGAAGAAUAUGCUGUUUAUGUAGCAGUUUCCUGGAGACUGAAAUGUUCCUUCCUGAAGAGAAGCUGAUAAAGGCAGGAAAUAUAAUUCCAAAUGGCUUCAUGAAGUCCAUGAAACUGACAUGCUUCAAUCUUCUUAACUCCCAUGAAGAAACUCAGAUCACAUGCUAUUUAGUAGAAGCGUUGACAAACCAAACCACUAAUAUAGGAUGCCUUUUAAGCAGUAGCUAUGCCUGUACUUAUACAGUGUGCUUCAGGUGUCCAGUACUUAUAAGUUGUUUUCCAUGUUGGGUUGCAGUUUCCUGAUGGCAACUGUUUUUGAGCCCAUUCUGCUGCUUUACAUAGCCCCAAUAAAGAUCCAUUAGGUCAACAAGAUGGACUUAGGUAGCACGCAUACUCUGUUGUCAGUUCCCAAUCCAGGAAAAGUCUCUUAUACAUGUUCUGGACCUGUUAAUUGUUCUCCUAUCAUGUUUAAUAGAAAUGUAAUAUUAAAGAGAAAGCGUUUGAUCGACAAAAGUAGGGAAGAUUUUAUGUUCUUUCCUCCAGGCUUACUGCCACAGUAAUAUUUGGUCUUGUUAAAAGGGCUUAACAUAGACAGAAUGGAGAGGCUUAGGAAAGCCAACGAGUGUAAGCUACUCUUUCCUACAAGAGAGAGUGAGAGGUCUAUAGGGGGGAAAAUGAAAAUACAGUUACAAAACUGUCAGUGACAGACAUUGUCCAAAGUGGGCUGUGUCCAUGCAUGGCUGUGAACUCAUGCCUAGCAUCCAUGAUUCAGUAAAAGAGCAAUUCCCCUCAGUACACUACUGGCUGUGGACAAAUCCUGACUGCCACCAUGCUCUCCUUAUGUCCUGCGUGCCAUACAAAUUCCAUCCUAUACGCCCCAAGGAGUGAGUUGAAUUUUGUUAAAUCCUU